AUGUCUGUACCAAAAGCGGUAACCCCGAGCUACACUCGGGCUUACCAUGCGGCGCUGCAUAGGGAGUCCUGCAGCGCUUACCAUGUCCUUCGCUCCCCCGCGAUGUGUCCUCUGCAGCGUCCCCGGCCAUCUCCUCUGGCUGAUGCCGGCAUCCGGCUCCUGUGUUCCGGUCCCUGUGACGUCGGGACGUACGGGCGCCGCCGGCAGCGGGAAAAUUUGAGCAUUUUUAAAAAAUGUCAUUUUUUUCAAAACGAUUUUACAUAUGCUUUGUCCUGUCCCGUCUGCAUUUUGACUGUUCUUUCU